UCGAGUGCAGACGAUAUUGGCUAGAUGGUAACUUGGAAUGGUGAAUCAUGUUACCCCUUAACAUUUUAGCGUGUUUUUGGCUGCUUUGCAUAGGAGGAUUUUGUUCGAUGUUCAUAAUCCAGCAGUUUCCUAAGAUACCCAGUGUGUUGUGGAACCUCAUCUCUUACGGUAAAGCGAGGAACCUGCGGGAGGAAAAAACAAGAAAGCGAAGUUCGCUGGACAAAUUGCUCGAUUUGCCUAAACAGUGGUUCACUCAUUUCUAUGCUGUGUCCGUCAUCUGCAAUGGUUUCCUCUUGUUCAAGCUGUUUGAAGUCCUAUUCUUCCAUGGUCACAUGCCAAACUGGUAUAUGGAUCUGCUACGAUUUCUUACCAACUUUCCCCUUCAGACUCCCAAAGCAUCUCACCUGUCGAUAGUCAUUGCCAUUGCCCUGCUACUCUUCCAAGGGAUAAGGCGACUUUAUGAGUGCCUGUUUGUUAGUAGUUACUCCAGUUCCACCAUGCACGUUGCCCAUUACAUACUGGGCAUCUUGUUCUAUGCCCUGGCUGGUAUGUCUGUCCUAUCUGAAGGACCUGACUUCCGAAAGCCAGCACCCUUUGAUAAUGCAUGGCAGGUGGUCCAGCAGGUGGAAUGGUUCAAUGUUGCUGGUAUCAUCGUGUUUUUCUGGGCUACCUAUCACCACCAUGUCGCCCAUAAAAUAUUUGCAGGGCUGCGCAAAGGAGAUCGAGAUCGCAGUCACAGGAUCCCACGCGGCGACUGGUUUGAGCUGGUGUCUUGCCCACACUACCUUGCCGAGAUCCUCAUCUACGUUGCCCUGGUGAUGGUCCUGGGCUUUGCCCAUCCAAUGAGCUACCUUGUCCUUGGCUUCACCGCCUCCAAUCAGGUCUUUGCGAGCAUUUCUGUCCAUGCAUGGUAUCAGAAAACCUUUGACAACUACCCAAAAGGUAGAAGGGCCAUCAUCCCGUGGCUGAUUUGAAUUUAUUGCAGCACCUCGGCAAAACAUUUUAUGGGUUCAUGCAGAUUUUUAAUUCGGGUGUAUUUGUGUAAUUUCACCAGAUGCUUUCAUCAAUCUGAAAUAAAAGUAAUCUAGAUUUUCAUGAAAAUGGAUUUAUUUCGUGAAAAUAAUUUUGAAUAAAAAUAAAGAGUCCUUUUGAUAUUGCUUUGAAUAUUUUCAAUCUCUUUAAAUGUAUUUUGUACUGUAUAUCACAUUUUUUCAAUUAGCAAAGCAUUAAUGAACCAAUUGGUGACGGUUGAUAGCUAUUUAUUACUUUGCGCUGUUCAUUCCUAACCCUUGCAACAAGCAAUUCCUCCAUAAUUAAAUUGCUGUAAAGCUGUAUUAAAACUUCCAUUUUUCAUAUAAGGUGGAAUUUCUAAAUAUUAUGACUUGAACGUAUGUUUACAUGCAGUUUGUGAAAAACAUACUUCUAAAUGGGCUAUUCAGAAGCAGAUAUUGAGCUAUAUGCAGUUCUGCUUUGUGGGGAAAUGUUGGCAUAUGUAGGGCCUGUUUGUUUC